AUCUGACCAGGGACUCCACUGCUUGCCGCAAAGUCCUCUCCGUAGCCAUUUUCAAAGUCCAGACAUCUAUUAAUUCGCCUACCCCUCUUUUUACAGUGCCAGGAUAAGCUCAAUUCACAGUGCUUACCUGUGCUUGUUUUUAGGCUGACUGGAGCAACGCUGCCCAGUUAGGCUUCAUCCGUGGCGAUAAAGAUCUCUAGUUCUCUCGUUCUCUCGAAGGCUCGCCCGCUUACCUACGACACCCGUCCCAAAGGCCAGGGCUGAGCUGAGGUCGCUUAGCAUAGUCUUGGAUGUGUUUUCGCUGUCCUACUGUUGUGCUUUGCAAAGCAUUGCUGAGGCAUUCUUACGUCCAGGUCCAGGUCCAGGCACCUGUGGAGCUGAAUUGCAUCCCAUGACAGUAUUAUAUUGUCUGGAAAAAUCCUUCAACUUUGCCAUAACGCAAGCCUUCAACGAAACCACAGACAAGAGACUUGACCAGAGUACCAGUGAAGUGGGAACCUGGAGUCCUCGAUACCCUAGGGCAGAGCUCUAUCGCCCACUCUCCUCUCAACAGUCACAAAACGCUACGCCCACAAGAAAGCUGUGGCUUUCCCAAGACAACUUUAUGCACAAUUUCCCCCAUCCAGGUGAAACAAUAGUUUAAAAUGCACCUGCCAACCGGCUACAUCACUGAGCAUCACUGGUCAUGGUCCAUGUCUGACCCCUCAUUCUGGUCCAGCUCGUCAAAUGAUUGGGCUAGCGAACUCGACAACGAGUACUUGUUUCCUUCCAAAAACAAGAACGACACAGGAGAAUUUGAAUAUGGACAAUUGGGCGAAGAGUACUUGAAUCCCGAGCCACUGUCCCAGGAGUUGGACCACAAGUCUUGCGAUGAUGACUUGACGGCUCCGAAGAAUAGCUCGUCAUCUUUAGCUCAGAUACCAAGUCGAGAUUGCGCCCCCCAACCAUCGACAGGCCAAAUUUCGGCUUCGGUCUCUGGUGCCUCUAAUGCUCGUUCACGGUCGCGUUCGCAGACAAAGACUCAAUCCCCAACGCAAGAGCAACUCAAAUGGUCAUCGGGCCAACGUGUGAUAAAAGAGACGACUGUUGACAUCGGUAGAAACCUUCAACGAGCAAAACAGAAUCGCUUGGCGAGGAUGGAGUCGGUGGAAUCCCUGGAGGAAGGCGAUGGCCCUGACGCAGCUGAUGACGGAUGUGGUUGCACUGAAUGCCAGUCAAGGCGAAGCAAAGGCCAGACAGGUACCUGGAGCUCGGGUACCUCGUUACAGAGUCGGAUCAAUGCGCUAUCAUUUUGAGCAAAUGGAUGGUGGACGACAGCCGAGGCUCAAGAAACAUCGUGGGAGGUAUUCCUGUUGAGUUAUGGCAAGCGAAGAGGGUGAGAUUA